AUUUGGAAAAUUGGUAGAAGAAGAAAAAGCUGCAGUCCAUUCAGAGCAUGUUUUCGUCACUUCGUCCACGUGAGUUUCUGUGCCGCUGCAGUAACAAUGUCUUCAGAUGAGUUUUCUAAAGACUUUAUCGACGCCGUGUUAAGCGAUGCUGCUGAAAAAAUAAUCAAACGCUUUGAAGAAACCAGCGUUCACUACGAGGAAGAGCUCCGUCGACAGAGCAGACUGCUGGAAGUCGUCCGUGAUCCACAGACACAACCUCAAACUUUACUUCUACCCCAAUAUUAUCUGAGGAACUUUCUGGUGAAAGAGGAGGAUGCAGAACCUCCACAGAUAAAAGAGCAACAGGAGGAGGAUGAGGAGCAACUUCAUCUGAAGCAGGAAAAGCAUACCUUGAUGGUGACUCCUACUUCUGAGGACAAUGAGCAUAAUGAGGCCGAUUUUCACUCUCAGCAGCUGCUCACUUGGAGCUUUGAUGCAACUGAUGGUCAGAGGCACGAAGGAAGAGAGCAUGGAGAAUCUAAACCAACUACAGAUGGAGAGACAAACCCACUGAAAAGAGAUGGGAGGAGCAGAAGUACUGUCAGAAAUGUGGACAGCUGUCACAGAUCAGAUCAGUCUGACACUGAGUCAGAGAAAAUGUUAGAAAAACAUGCUGUUGAAAACAAUUUAAAGGAAAAAAAUCUGGAAGAAAAUACAAGAAUCAUAACAGUAGAGAAACAUUGUUGUAAAGAGUGUAGAAAAUGUUUUACAAAUGCCAAAAGUUUAAGGCAUCACAUGAAGAUCCACACAGGAGAAAAGCCUUUUUCCUGUGAAGAAUGUGGAAGAAGUUUUACUGAUAAAAGCAGCCUCACUAAGCACAAACGAGUCCACACAGGAGAAAAGCCCUUUUCCUGUGAAGAAUGUGGUAAAAGUUUUACGGAGAAAAGCAGCCUCACUAAGCACAAACGAGUCCACACAGGAGAAAAGCCUUUUUCCUGUGAAGAAUGUGGUAAAAGUUUUACGGAGAAAAGCAGCCUCACUAAGCACAAACGAGUCCACACAGGAGAAAAGCCUUUUUCCUGUGAAGAAUGUGGUAAAAGUUUUACGGAGAAAAGCAACCUCACUAAGCACAAACGAGUCCACACAGGAGAAAAGCCUUUUUCCUGUGAAAAAUGUGGUAAAAGUUUCCCCCUGAGACAAACCUUAGAUGUUCACAUCAGAAUACAUACAGGAGAAAAGCCUUUUCUUUGUGCAGAAUGUGGUAAAAGUUUUACGGAGAAAAGCAACCUCACUCAGCACAAACGUGUCCACACAGGAGAAAAGCCUUUUUCCUGUGAAAAAUGUGGUAAAAGUUUCCCUCUGAGACAAACCUUAGAUGUUCACAUCAGAAUACAUACAGGAGAAAAGCCUUUUCUUUGUGAAGAAUGUGGUAAAAGUUUUACGGAGAAAAGCAACCUCACUAAGCACAAACGAGUCCACACAGGAGAAAAGCCUUAUUCCUGUGAAAAAUGUGGUAAAUGUUUUGCUCACAGACAAUCUUUUGAGGUUCACAUGAGAAUACACACGGGAGAAAAGCCUUUUUUUUGGUAAAGAAUGUGGUCUACGUUUUACUGAGAGAAGUAACUUCACUCAGCACAAAUGAGUCCACAAGUGAAAUGCCUUUUCCUGUAAAGAAUGUGGGAGCAGCAGACCCUGUAAUUUUGGGGCACGAGUCACAUUUUUUUUGCAUGGUUAAUACUUGGUUGAUAUCAGUUUCCUGACACUCUUUUUAAUUUACUUUUUAAUUUUUUUUAUAGUGAACAUUUUUUUUCUUGUAUUACAAUUUUUCCUUUGCAGAAUAUUUAGUCUAAUUGGGGUUAAAGUUCUUUACUUGAAAUGGUGGAUUUAAUUUGAAAGCAAGUUGUAGUUUGAUGUUCAAUAGUGAGAAAUUAAACAAGAUGAGGGUAAAAUAUAUUAAUUUAAGAAAAACAUUUUUUUUACCCAUAAUUCAAAGUAAUGUGCAAUUCUCAAUUGACAGUUCAAUUUGUAGUUCAAUCUUAUAAUUUUCAAAUGCCUUUUGCAAUUGGCGAUUCAAUAUGGGAAAUUACAAUUCAAUGUUAUACUUUAAAUCAAAUAUUAAAUAAAAAGAAAAUCAAUUGAAUUUGAAAUUGUCAUGUGUUUUUGAUACCAUAAUUCCCAUUACAAAGGAAGUUUGAGAUUUCCUCUCCAACUGUUGUGUUAAACCUAAGACCUCGACCGCUGGCUGUCUGCUGGUUAUCCAGAAAUUCUAUCUCAUCUCCUUUUGAUUACCUGGAUCAGGUGUGCUUGGCCAAUAAGGAGCUUCAAUGGCAGGUUGAUUGGAUAAAAUGUAGGACACCGGCUCUUGAGGCCUGGAUUCUGUCCAACUUAUUAAUGCAAAUUUCUAAUCAGCCGACAAAUGGCAACAACUCGAAGCAUUUACCGGUAAUCAUAUUGACAUGGUAAAGAUGAUAUGCUGCAGUUAAAACUGACCAUCAGAAUAGGAAAGAAAGAUGAUUCAAGUGACUUGGUUUUUGGUGUCAGACGGGCUGCUCUGAGUUUUUCAGAAAUUGCUGAUCUACUGAGAUUUUCACUGACAACCAUCUCAAGGGUUCACAGAGAAAUGGUCUGAAAAAGAGAAAAUAUCCAGUGAGCAACAGUUCUGUGGGCGGACAUGCAAUGUUGAAGCCAGAUGUAAUAGGAAAAUGGUCAGACUGGUUCUAGCUAACAGAAAGGCAACAGUAACUCGAAUAACCACUGGUUACAACUGAGGUC